AUGGACAGCGACAAGGACACUGAAGGCGGCAUCGGAGGCCCGCGGGCACCGCGCCACUACGCGUGCGCGCCGCUCUCGCGUCCGGCCGUGGAGCCGACGCUUGCGCACGCGUGGGUGCCCACGGCGUCUCCCCAGGGCGGCGUCCCGCGGGCAGGUGCGGCGGGCGGCGGCGGGCGGCGGGGGCCGGCGCAGCCUGAGGAGGCCCGGGAAGGCGCGAUGGCGGCGGCGCGGGGAGGCCGCGCGGCGGCGGCGCGGGAGGCCCGCAUGGCGGAGGUGGCGCGGCUGCUGGGCGAGCCGCUGGACGACGAGGGCCCCGAGGGCAGGCCCCGGUCGCGGGCCGGCCCCGCGGGCGCGCUGGCCGCCCUGCCGUACCUGCGCCUGCGGCACCCGCUCAGCGUGCUGGGCGUCAGCUACCAGCAGUUCCUCCGCCACUACCUGGAGAACUACCCGAUCGCGCCGGGCCGGAUCCAGGAGCUGGAGGAGCGCCGGCGGCGCUUCGUGGAGGCCUGCCGGGCGCGGGAGGCGGCCUUCGACGCCGAGCACCAGCGCAACCCGCAGAGGAUGGACUUCGACGUCUUGACGUUUACCAUAGCUCUGACUGCGUCCGAGGUGAUCAACCCCCUCAUCGAAGAACUGGGGUGCGACAAGUUUCUGAGCAGGGAGUAGUGGGGGUGCGGGGGCGCCGCUGCGGUCCCGCCUGCAGCCUGGAGUGCUAAAAAAAAUAAUAAUUAAAAAGUGCACGGGGAGAAGUCCGGGCGCGCUUGGAGAGCAAGGAAGCACCGGAGAGAGCAAGCGGCACCGCCGGCCCGGGCAGGGUGCAAGGCGCACCCCACCCCCCUCCGCCUCCGCGUGGCCCUCGACGGCUGGGACUCGGGGGUGGGCUUGGAGGACUGGAAGGAACUUGCAGGGGUCGCGGGCGCUCACUCUCCGGGUCCUGUUCCGCAGAAGCGUCUCUUGGGCGAGGGGUUCCGCGGCUCCGGCGCCGUUUCCGACGGCGAGCCAGGGAAGUCGUGUGCGUGUGUGUGUAUAUAUAUAUUAUGUGAUAAAUUGUGUUUUCGGAAACACCA